AUUUUUCCCGCAGUUCACAGUAUCGUUGCUCACCUCCAUUUUUUAAUGGUUCCAUAGGGUUUCGAUCAUGUUUUAGUGAGAGUUUCUCCGCUGGGUUUUGACAGAUAUUUCGUCGAUUUGGCUAACAUGCUAUGAUGAAGUCUGGUUCUUGGAUGUUAUACAUAGAGCAACGUUCGUGACUGGAGUGCACCCAUACAGUUCGAGAAUGAAUCUUUCAAAGAACGCAGGUAGUGUUGCCGGGACACUGCCAAUUCCUAUGCGGUUCGUGUGGCCAUAUGGUGGAAGAGAAGUGUAUCUAUGCGGUUCAUUCACACGGUGGUCUGAGUUUCUACGUAUGUCGCCAGUUGAGGGUUGCCCGACUGUAUUUCAAGUCAUUCAUAGCUUGGCCCCUGGUUAUCAUCAGUACAAGUUUUUGGUUGAUAGAGAAUGGCGACAUGACGAGCAUCAACCUUAUGUAUCUGGAGAACAUGGGGUGGUUAACACUGUAUUUUUGGCUAAUCCUAAUGAAAUGCCUAUUUCAACUCCACAAGUAGCGUCUGGUUCUGGCAUGGAUGUGGAUAAUGAGGCUAUUCGGCGUAUGCAGGUUCAGUUAACGGAUGGUACAUUGACUGAGGUAUUGCCUAGAAUCUCAGACACUUAUGUACAGACCUCCCGCCAGCGUAUUUCUGCUUUCUUGUCGAUGCACACAGCUUAUGAAUUGCUUCCUGAGUCAGGCAAGGUUAUUGCGGUGGAUGUUGAUCUGCCAGUGAAACAUGCAUUUCAUAUAUUACACGAGCAGGGAAUACCUAUGGCUCCUCUUUGGGACUUCUGCAAGGGGCACUUUGUUGGCGUUCUUAGUCCUUUGGAUUUUAUUUUAAUCUUAAGAGAGCUUAAGAAUCAUGGAUCCAAUUUAACAGAAGAAGAGCUUGAAACGCAUACUAUAUCUUCUUGGAAAGAAGGAAAAUUAUAUCUGAACAGGCAACGCAAUGGACAUGGAACAGCACUUUCAAGACGUUUUAUCCAUGCAGGGCCAUUUGAUAAUUUGAAAGAUAUUGCCACAAAGAUCCUGCAAAAUGAGAUUUCAACAGUUCCUAUCAUCCAUUCGAAGUCUGAAGAUGGUUCAUUUCCACAGCUUUUACAUCUGGCCUCACUUUCUGGAAUACUUAAUUGCAUUUGCAGGUAUUUUAGGCAUUGCUCUAGUUCUUUGCCUAUACUCCAAUUACCGAUUUGUGCAGUUCCAGUGGGAACGUGGGUGCCCAAAAUUGGGGAAUCAAAUGGGCGACCUUUAGCUAUGUUGAGACCUAGUGCUUCUCUCACGUCAGCCCUAAAUUUAUUAGUUCAAGCCCAAAUAAGUUCUAUACCAAUAGUGGACGAUAAUGAUUCAUUACUAGAUAUAUAUUGUCGAAGUGAUAUAACAGCUUUGGCAAAGGACAGAGCUUAUACACACGUCAAUUUUGAUGAAAUGACUAUUCAUCAGGCUUUGCAGUUGGGCCAGGACUCGUACCAUUCAUAUGAUCUUAGGAGUCAGCGAUGUCAGAUGUGCCUGCGAUCUGAUUCUCUGCAUAAAGUGAUGGAACGGUUGGCAAAUCCAGGUGUUAGGCGUUUAGUUGUGGUGGAAGCCGGGAGCAAGCGAGUAGAAGGCAUUGUUUCACUGAGUGACAUUUUCAAAUUCUUCCUUGGUUAGCAUAGAAUGGGAAAUGAAGAAUUACAAUGGAUUGUCUAGUGGUUAUGACACUUGUGCAUAUAUUCAAGCAGCACCACCUGCUCAGCCAUUUUAAAAGAUUUCCAAUGCCCCUCUUUUUUCUUUUUAUUGGUAAUUUGAUCUCUUCCAUUAAAAAUAUUAUUGGAUCGGCCUCUUGCUUCAUUGCCUUGUUUUAAUGAUUUUAGGCUAGAGAAAGAGGUCUGUAACUUGAGAGUUAGGCCCCAUUUUUAUUUAUCUGCCCCAGCCCUUGUUGUCGUCAUUGUGCUCCCAUUACAAAAUACAAGAAAAAUGGGAGCUUAAGAUCUGUCGUCAUACCGUACUAUGAAGAUCGGGGAAGAUAAUUUAUGGGAGGAAGAAUAUUGCAAUUCUUGUGUUUUGUAUAGUUUAUUUAUGAUCAGCUUUCGGUCUUUGAAAUUGAAGGGGACUCCUUAGCUGGUACAAUGUGAUGUAAUAUUUUCUUCUCAUUUUCCUCGUUUUAAUGUACAACGAGAUUUUCCUGGACAAGUGUAAGCUGGUCACAGAAUAAUUUUUAUGCAUUUCUGAUAUGGAACUCGAACAGAGGAUUUUAAACUU